UUUAACCAAAUACACCGUCGUGAACGAACUUUCCGUUUCGUCCUGUUGCUGUCGGACAGAACACAAACAAUACCCAGAAAACAGAUCUCCGAAUACAAUCCAAAAAAACCAUUAAAGUAUUCAAACUCUCGUCCUCUUCGAAUCUCUAAACCUUAAAUUUUUCAAAAUAAUUGAAUUACAAAAUGGGAAAACUAAAUCUCCUAAUUAUAACAAUAACAACCCUCCUAUUCAUUUUUUCUAUUGCUGAAUCAAUGCGAUUCGAGAUGAAGUCAGGCCUCACCAAAUGCAUAUCAGAGGACAUAAAAAGCAAUUCAAUGACUGUGGGAAAGUACAGCAUUGUUAAUCCUAACGAGGGUUUCCCACUUCCCGAUAGCCACAAGCUCAUUGUUAAGGUGUCGUCGUCGCAUGGGAGCCUUUAUCAUCAUGAGGAUCGUGUGGAAUCUGGUAAUUUUGCAUUUACAACAGGUGAGGAUGGUGAUUAUGCAACUUGCUUUUGGGUCAAAGAACAGAGACCAGAAAUUAACUUGACGGUUGAUUUUGAGUGGAGAACUGGUGUUGCUGCUAAGGACUGGUCUCAGGUGGCUAGGAAAGGACAAAUCGAUGUUAUGGAACUGGAGUUGAAGAAAUUGCAUGACACAGUCACAUCUAUUCAUGACGAGAUGUUUUAUCUUCGUGAAAGGCAAUGUGAUAGAGCAAGGAACGAGGACAGAGUUUCAAACAGAGAUUUCAGAUAAAAAUAAUAAUAACAGCAGAAACAAAUAGAAUAAGAACUUGAAUGGAUUUCUUUUGAUUGAUACUCAAGGAAGAAAAAUAGGCCAGUAAUAUCUCUGGAUUACAAAAUCAGAUGAAGGAAAUAACAAGAAGAAAUGAACUUCAUAUGCAAGAAUCAAGCCCAGAAACUGAAGUUUCUUUACAGAAAUCACAAUCUGCCAAAAACAGAAAUAUUCUCCAAAGAUGUCGCACAACAAAACCCUCAUGAUGUUAUAUAGCGUUGGUGUCACCUUUGUUGUAACUAAUAAUGCCACCUCAUUGCUUGAAUCUCUGUGCAUAAACUUCAUCCGUUCUCCUUGUCUGCUGUCACAAACUUGGGCCUUCUUGAAUAAACUUUGAAAGGCUUGGUAGUGGUAAUGGGCUGCUCAUUCCUAUCACAAUGUGUGGUUGUCAUGAUAACUGCAACUUUCUAGUGUUAUUUUUGCUUCUAAAACGGCAAAUAUAGGAGCAAGAAUCAGCCUGUCUAAAGGACCUUUAACUCUUGAAAAGGGGAAUUCUUUGGUUAGAUUUUGUUCAGAUAUAAAUAAUUCCAACAGGAUACUUUCUUUACAGGCCUGUUGUACUUCUA